AUGUUGAAAAACUUCAAACUCUCAAAAAGAGACAGCAAUGGGUCAAAAGGUAGAAUCACGUCGGCAGAUAUUUCGACCCCUUCCCACGAUAAUGGAGGCGUCAUAAAGCAUAUCAAAACGGUACCUGUUAGGUACCUCUCCUCAUCCUCUUCUACCCCAGUGAAAAAACAACUGGAUUCCUCGCCAAAGAACGGACAUAACUCCAAAGACAUUUCUUCCCCUGAAAAAGUUAUAAAAGCCAAGUAUAGCUACCAGGCACAAACCUUAAAAGAACUGUCCUUCAACGAAGGUGAAUUUUUCUACGUAUCUGGAGAUGAGAAGGAUUGGUAUAGGGCUUCGAACCCAUCUACUGGAAAGCAAGGCGUUGUUCCUAAAAGCUAUUUUGAAGUAUUCGAUAGAACCAGACCUUCUUCCGUGAAUGGAACAAGUACUUCGAGUCGAAAAGUUACAAAUGAAUCGUUAAACAUGGGUUCCUUGUAUGCCAUUGUUCUAUAUGAUUUUAAAGCAGAAAAAGCGGAUGAAUUAACGACUUUUGUGGGAGAGAAUUUGUUUAUUUGCGCUCAUCAUAACUGUGAAUGGUUUAUUGCUAAGCCAAUUGGGCGACUUGGCGGUCCUGGCCUCGUUCCAGUUGGAUUCGUUAGUAUCAUAGAUAUUGCCACAGGAUAUGCGACAGGUAAUGACGUGAUAGAAGACAUCAAUUCUGUCAAUUUACCAACUGUUCAAGAAUGGAAAAGCAACAUUGCAAAGUAUAAAGCUAGUAAUAUCAGCCUCGGUUCUGUGGAACAACAACAGCAGUCCGUUACAAAACCGCACUGUAAAAGCGCAAAGCUAAUUGAUGGUGAACUACUAAUGAAAGCCUCUGUCGAAUCGUUUGGAUUAGAAGACGAAAAGUAUUGGUUUUUGGUUUGUUGCGAACUAUCCAAUGGUAAGACGAGGCAACUGAAAAGGUACUAUCAGGACUUCUACGAUCUUCAAGUUCAACUAUUAGAUGCAUUCCCAGCGGAGGCAGGUAAACUAAGAGAUGCAGAUGGUCAAUGGUCCAAACGUAUAAUGCCCUAUAUUCCAGGGCCUGUUCCGUAUGUCACGAACAGUAUAACGAAAAAGAGGAAGGAGGAUUUAAAUAUCUAUGUUGCAGACCUAGUAAAUCUUCCUGAAUACAUAUCUCGAUCAGAAAUGGUUCACUCCUUAUUCGUUGUCCUGGAUAAUGGAUUUGACAAGGAAUUUGAUAGUGACGAACAUCAAAACAAUAUCAAAACGCUACAAGAAAACGACACGGCAACGUUCGUAACUCCAUCUCAGGCUUCUAUUUUAGCUUCAAAUAACCAAGAUAACACUUUGACUGGGGAAGACUUGAAGUUAAGUGGCAAACUCUCAGAUUUAUCUUUAUCCGCUUCCAAGCAGCCAUCCGCGCAAUCAACUUCCAGCUUGAAAACAACGAAGAUCAAAUUCUACUACAAAGAUGAUAUUUUCGCGUUAAUGCUGAGAAGUGACACAUCCUAUAAAGAACUUCGCAGUAGAAUCGCUCCGAGAAUUGACACAGCACACUUUAAAUUGCGAACCAAACUAUCGGAUGGUAAUGGUGAGGAGAUCAAAGCCGACUCGCAAGUUAGUGAUAUUAUCGAGGCUAAAUUGAAAAUUGCUGUCCAUGACAUUGAACUGUAG